AUGAUCCAGAGGGAGGCUGUGCCUUGGCCCAGAGGUCACCCCCACCAGGAGCAACAGCACAACAGGAAGCUGUGCAACCCUGUCUUGGAAAGCUGGAACUACGCAGAGUGCCUGGCAGAGGAGCCCACAGCCUCCUGGGUCUCUUCUCCGCACAGCAGCCUCCCCGGGCUGCGGGGUCAAGCCGUCUUCAAUGGACGCCAGGCAGGGGCUAGAGAGCCACUGCUGUCCCCCAGCAGAACAAGGCAGCGACCAGAUGGACAGGGUGGCAUGGAGCUGAACCGGCUGCUGGUGUUCGUUGUAUUCCUGUUCCAGAUGAGACCGUCCAGGAUGUGGCCCACGCAGCUUGUAUGUGACAGGCGACUGAUCCAGAAAUACGUGACUGAAGCUGUGGAAAUGGAGGAAACGUUGAGCCAGUGUGAAGAGCUUCCGUUGCUUGUAGAACCUGUGUAUUUACCCUUGGUGGGUUUGAACCUCGGAGAGUGGAAAAGAAAGACAAAUGAAGCCAAAACACAGGAGGUUCUCCAAGCGUUGGUUAAACUGGUGGAUGGCCUAGCAGCUGCCCAGCGAGAGGUGGAUCAGGGCUGCAUCCUGGUACGUCUUCAGCAGCUUUAUGAGAAAGCCAGUUUCUUCCUUCUGCAUUUAAGGAACUUCCAAAGGCAGGAACAAAAUGUAACUCGGCAGCCAGAAAGUGUCCCCAGCCUGAUUUCAACAAGGAACCUUAGGACUGUCUUCUGGACCUAUGUGCAGCUCUUGCGAGGAAAACUGAACUUCCUCUUCUAUGACCUCCGGAAAGACUCCUGCGCUGAGGGCCAUCAACGUGGGGCUGCCAUCCCUUCUCAGCACCUUCCCCAUUUGGUCACAUUGAGUGGGCAGUGAGUCAUCCUGCAGGUGGCUGGCCUGAGACAUCCGUGCUGCAGCCAGGCCGACCAGACCUUCGGAGUGGGGAGCCUUGGGCCGACACGUGACGGAGAAAAAGGUGUUGUGAUGACCCUGGAGGUCCCAGGCCUCUGCAUUCAGUACCAGCUUGCUUUAGCUGCCUGCAAGAACCAGAGAAUCCCAACCAAACCCACAGCGUACAGCGCUGAGCAAGUCUGACUCUACCCCUACGGGAACCAGGGCCUCAGCAUCCUUCUCACCUGACCUGGUUGGUGGUCGCCUGGAAUAAGCAGCUCCAAUAAACUCCAUGGAAACGCAGUGGAGAAGAUGAGUCUAUUCAGCCCAGUUCACUUGAUCAAUUGUGCCAUCAAGCCAGGGAUCAACUUAGUGACCCCGUUCCUCUUGAUGGCUUAUCUUAUACGCCAACUUCUUCUUCAUAAUGGAGAUGAUUAUCUUAUUAACUAGUCAUUAAGGAUCCAGAAAAUAUUCUGGGCUUUGGAACCGUGGCUCUACAAGGUCCCCCUUAUUUUUUUUACAGCUGUAGCCCAGGAUUCAUUUAAAAAAAAUAUGCACAUAUACAGUGGGGUUUUUAUCAAAGACCAGAACUGAAACCCAGAGCAUCUCCUGGCACGCUAUCAAUCCCAAAUUAAUUCCAGCUCUACCUUCCUGCCUGUGGACCCCAUUUGAGUGAACUGUCUAUGAAAACCACAUCUAGGGAGAAGAACAUCUGGAGGUGCCAAUGAACUUGAGAGCUGGGUGGCAAAAUUUUGCUUGGAUGUCUUCAUUUUAUACCAAGAAGCUGCCUCAGGGGGCAGGAAAGGAGCAGCUGAAUUUUUCUGAUUUAGGACUCUCAGCUUAUUUCAGUGUUUCAACCAUGGCAACUUUAAGAUGUGUAGACCUCAAUUCCCAGAACUCUGGGAGUUAAGUCUAUACAUCUUAAAGUUGCCAAAGUUGAGAGACACUGGCUUAUUUGGACAAUUUGGGACAGUGUCCCAAACUUUGGGUUCUCCUCCCCUCCUGUGAAGCUCUGCUUGGAGCUGUAAGUAAACCAGAAUGGACGGCUUUUAUCAGCAAACCCUGUGUGGGAGGAAACCCCACCCAUGGUGCAAAGUAAAUACAAUUCAGCUGCACGUGGUUCCAGCCCAUAAUUCUCCCUGGAGUGACAUCCCAACCAGGUAUUGAUCAGGAGGCCUGUGAGGAAGGAACGAAACCCGCUAUUAUUGCUGUUACAUGAAGCAAGAUCUGAAUAAGAUGACCUUAUUCAGUUUUCUUUUUAAAUAAACAUGACGGGGUAUAUAUUUAACCAUCAUAUCGAGAUGUGGGACGAUAAACAGGGUACUGAACUCGUAUUGCUGCUUUGGCAGUGACAUAUAUUGUAAAAAGCUUUGGGAGAAUUAUACACUUGUGUGGUCAAGCUUACCCUUUUUCUUGUGUGUGUACCAGGAUCAUAAACCAGCUUUCUGUAGCAGGGCAUCAUCUCCAUUGGCCGGUAUUAUAAUUCCCGCCAUCCCCAAGCACCAUAAGAAGAGACCUUUCCACAUCAAGGUCCUUGAGACAACUUCAU